CCCUACUCUUCACUUCACUCUAUUCUCAACCUGCACCAACCACCACUAACCUCUCUUUUCCAUUUGAAAAAGAUGUGGCAAUUUCUCCUUGCCGCAGCUGUAGCAGGAUCUACUACUUUCUUUGCUAAGCAUUUUCUUGCUCUUGCUCAGGAACGCCCUAAGGAGGAAGAAAAUCCUUUUCAAGAUUCGAUUGCUCCUAACCAUGGUAAUCAGUGCGGAUACGACAGUAGUUUCCAGCAACCACCUGAUGGGAUCUCUGGGUUCUCGAGUUCUGCUUCUGCUUCUUCGUCAAGUGGUAAGAAAACUAGGAUUUCCAGGAAGAAAUCGGGCAUCACGGGUCGCCGAUUGAAUUUUGGUGCGGAAAAUUAUAAGGCUGAUAAAAGAUAUGGUGGUUCCGAGAAGAGUGCAAGGCGAUUUGCUGUUUGCUCGAAGAAGAAGAGAACUGCCAAGAGUGUGCCUUCCAAGUAUAGAUCCCGUUCUUUUAAAGAAAGCUCUUUGUUUGGUUGUGGACUUAGCAUUGGAAUCAUGUACAUGAUGUCAGCCGAGAAAGCUGAGAUCAGUGAGCUAAGCAAUGCCAUGGAUGAGACUGCAAAAACUGUUAAAGAAUUAAGAACUGAAUUGUAUAAAAGAAGGUCAGCCAAAGUUGCUGCUAUCUCAAAAGAUUUAAGCAGUAAUAAUGAACUAGAGUUUUAUAGAGCAGGUAUAGGGCACAAUAAUGACCCCAAAGUUAUCAAAGUUUCUGGGAUCCCAAUGAUUGAUGAUGUUGAAUGCCCAAGGAGUGGUCUUACAGAAGAGCCAGAGCCACAGCUGCUGGAAAUGGAUCAACUGGAAGCAGAGCUUGCAUCUGAACUACAAAAACUUCCAUGGUCCAAUCCUGAAGCUUCUGGUCAUGAAGGAGUUGAACCAAAUAUGGAUAAGAAUGAGAUUUUUUCUGGUGGGCUUCACAAACUGGAGGGUCAGAGCAAUAUUUUUUGCCAAUGCCAUGGAGUAUUGCCAUCUGAACUGGAUCGGAAACUGUCCCAUUUGCUCAUCAAACAGCAGGAAAAUCAAAUUGAGGAGCUAGAAUCUGAAUUGCAUUCUGCCCAGUCCAAACUCCAUGAGAAGGAAGCUGAACUCCAGGCGCUGAGGGACUGCGUAAAACUCCUGACUGAAAUCGAAAUCUUCCCAUCAACUGUAUCAGAUGAUGAAGCUGUGACAUUUGCUGAGCAAGAGUAUGUGAUACCAGGGAUUACCUACUGCAAAUCAAAGUUUGAUUGA